UAUGGUACAUGUAUUUUUGAAUAAAUGACAAUUAACAGACUUCAAUCUUGUUUCUGAUUCAAAGGUCAUUCGAAGACUAAGGGAAAGAGGAGAACCAAUCCGAUUGUUUGGUGAAAGUGACGACGAGGCUUGUCAAAGACUAAGGAGAAUUGAGAUGCUUGCUCCAGAAAUUAACAAGGGUCUGAGGAAUGACUUCAAAGCAGCCAUGGAAAAGAUUGAUCAAGAAUACUUAGCAGAGUUAAUCAAACAACAGGGUGGUGAACAACAAGGUUCAGAAAGCGAAGAGUCAUCACAAAUUGAAGAUGAUGGAACGACACUGGAGGAUAUCAAGGAUUUGGCCAAAAAUAUGGGUCAGGGAGAUGAAAACCUGGAUCAAGAUGUUAUCUUGAAGUUUAUACAGUUUCUUCUUGGUCUUUGGGCAAAGGAUUACAAAACCAGAUCUGAUGAUAGCAAAAGAAGUUUAGAGGCAAAAUUGGCAGGUGCCACUCAAAGGCAGACAGAAUCAUACCUGAAGCCGUUAUUAAGAAAACUGAAACAUAAGAAAACACCUCGGGAUAUUCUUGGUGCCUUGACUACCAUCAUUAUGAGUCUUCUAGAAAGAGAGUAUGUUAAGGCAAAUGAUUCAUAUCUUCAGAUGGCAAUAGGAAAUGCUCCUUGGCCAAUUGGAGUGACCAUGGUGGGGAUUCACGCUCGAACAGGAAGAGAGAAGAUCUUUGCACAGAAUGUUGCUCACGUUCUCAAUGAUGAAACACAAAGAAAAUAUAUCCAGGGACUGAAGCGACUGAUGACUUUUUGCCAAAAGAAGUUUCCAGCUGACCCGUCAAAGUCUGUAGAAUACAAUGCUGUUAAGUGAUUGUUAGAAACCUGAGAAGUACAUGGUACGUGUAAUACAUGGAAUCUAUGAGGCAUGAACAUCAACACCAACAACUCUAAUGUGGAGAGAGAAGCCCUUGCUUGUGAAAUGUUUGGUUUGCAACAGAACUUCUUUGUGUGGACUGAAACAGUAAAAUUGUCUAAGUGUUGCAUGGUGCCACUUGAUGCAAACAACUGUCCAUUGAAGUCUCCACAAAAACAUGUACCUUUAUUGCAAGAUAUCAAAUAUUUAUGCACAAGAUGUGAAACCAGUACAUGAAGAAACCAGUAUUUUCAAACCACAUUUCUAACAUUUACUUCUGCAACAAUAAUAUUAGAAACAGCUGGAAGAUAUGUCAGUUUUUCAUAAUAUUAAUUUCCACAGGUUCCAAAUAAAUAAUGUUGAAGGGAAUAUCAUUAAAUUUGCGUCAACUUCAAAUAACACCCAUUGUACAAAUAUCACUUUUACUACAGAAUAAAAACGACAUAGUUUUAUAA